AUGCCCACAUAUCUUAUCUAUGUUGAUACUCAUUCCGAUUUUUGGCGUAUGAUUUAUCAGUUCAAUGUACGAAUUAUUGUUAUGGUAAAACCAGUCAAAGAACCAGGUCAACCGCCUGUUCAGUAUUGGCCAUUGACUGCACAGGAUGAACGAACAUACGGUUUAUAUCAUAUUAAAUUUGUUCAGAUUCACACAGAAAAUGAAUAUUUUAGAGUUACACAAUUAGAAUUAACAAAAACAUCCAAUCCAAAUGUACCGUAUACUGUUUAUCAUUGUCAUUAUUUAAAAUGGAGAGAUUGUGAUGUUCCAGACGAUAUUGAUUCAAUGAUUAAUUUUAUUAAUGAAGUUCAAAAAUAUCCAAAUGAUUCAAGU